GGGGCGCGGCGUCGCUGGGGGCGCGGCGUCGCGGAGCUCGGGCCGGUGGAAGGUUUACCUGCUAGGCUCGUCCCACCUGUGUGGAGCUCCCAUCGCCCUCCAGCGUUGCGCAGCCUGAAGGGACAGGACGGACACGCGGGUGCCUCCUUCUAAUUCAUCUUCACCAUUGUGGUUGUCAAUAUGGCAUGCAGAAUUAUCCCUCUUUCCAGGUUUUCCCCAAGGACCCUGGACAAUGCUGGUUUUUCCUAUGUGCACCACCAAAGGGCCUAUCCAGCUUCUGGAGUCUACCUGGAUUCCUGGGCUCAUGGCCCCUUCCUCCAUCUUCAAACCAGCAAUGAUGGAGCUGAGCCUGACACUCUAACCGGUUCUCUGGGUGUAUUGCAAAGGUCUAAUAAAAGGCACCUUUGCCCGGUUGCUUCAAUUCUAGGAAGCUGUUCAAUGUUUGACUAUAUUUCUCCAUACUCAUUUGAAAACAGUUCAUCAGAUUGGAACGACCUGGAGCAGCCAGCAGAGUGACAAAUGAGGAAGAGGACAGAACCUAGCUGAAGAAGCUCUGGAAGAUACCAUUUGAAGUCUUGAGUGCUUGAACUCACAAAGAAAGCACGUAGGUUCCAGCAUCCAGCACCAUGGUCAAGACAGGCUCCUCGUGGUGACCUCCCAUCCCAUUGCUGGCUCUCUGCUCUUUACUGCAACCACAUGUCACUUGGAUACCCCAGAGAGUGGCAGGAAAGCAUCAACCAGGUAAGAUGUGGUCCCCAGACCCAUCACCUCUCACUAAGGAGAGGGAUACUGUUUAACCAUGACACUACUCUGAGACAAAAACCUAAAUUUUUACUCAUAAAAAAUCAGUUGUGAAUCAUCCCCCUGUGAUUUCAAUUCCUUGCAUGUCAGCUUAGGAGGGAUGCUUCUGGGUACUGGCUGAUUUUGCUCCUUGGCUACUUCUUUUCAGACAAUAAAGUCCUUGGUAGGGCAACCACCCCUAUCUCCUUCAGUAUGGACUCCUGUAUGUCCACUCUUACUGAAGGGACAAAUUGUGGAAAGGCAGGCCAUAAGCUCCCAGUUGAAAGCUCUCUCUUGAAGAGAGGUAACCAGCCUAUCAGCUGUGCAAGACAUUUUGUAAGCUUCAAAGGGCCAUCUCUUAUACAAUACCAGACACUUAGUAGAUGUCUUUUAAAAACCAUAUUAUUCCAGUAAAGAAUGAAUGAACAUUUGCCUUCUGGAAUCUGUGGCAUUGCAUCUGAGUGUAUUCUGGGAAAGAAAGCAAUUGUGCUUUGGAGCCCGGUCAAUCUGUUUCAGGGCACACAUUGCUAUACUGCCCAUAGAUAUAGAAUGUAACUUCUCUGAGCCUCAGUUUACUCAUUUUCUAUAUGAAAAAUAAUAAUACUGAACUUAAAGUAGGGGCUUGUAGCCUGGAGUCCAUGGAUCCUUAAGGGUACCUUAAGAUGCCCUUAAAAUUGAAUAUAAUUGUCUAUAUAAAUGAAUUUUUAUGAGGGAAAGAGUUUUAGAUUUCAUCAGAUUCGUUAACUAGGUCAGUAACUUCUUUAAAAAAAAAGAGAGAAAAAGAAACCACUGUGGCCUUAGAUAUUUUUGUGAAGAUGGAGAUAACAUAUGUAAAGUGCCUGAGAAAGCUAGAACGCACUGCAGCAGCUGCACAAUCAUCUGGCCUGUGCAGCGAGCUUUCUGAGCUUCGGAAUGGGUUAUUCCAACUUUUAUGAGUCUGCAACCUUCAAAAUACGCCCUUUGAGUGGCCAUCUAGGUCAUUCGAGGCAAAUUCCUCAUUCUCUUCUGGACCCAGUUUGUUGUCUAUAACAAAAAAGUUGUACCUGGUGUUCGCCCGAACCUUGCAGAUGUUAACAUUCUGACUCUGUGCUCCCCACCUUCGAUGAUAGGAAUAAAAUGCAGGUGAGCAUCAAUGUAUUUAGCUGUGUUUCAUUUUCCAGAGGGGUUAAGGAGAGUGGCCUCUGCUUUUUACUUCCAAGAGAACUUAAGUUGGUUACUGGAAGUCAACUUCAGUGCAAAGAAAGGUCUGGGAACAGGGUGUGGGGAGGGCAUUCUCAGGAUUGUGCAAGGAGCAAAGCAGACCAGGGCCUUUGGGUUUCUCCUUUGAAAAGAGGUGAUGGAGUCAAAAUCCCAGGUUUUGGAGGAGCAAAGCAGUUCGAAGGGGCGGAGUGCAGGUGGGUCACCACUUCUCUGCUUCUUCCAAUCUCUCAAUCAGCUGAAAAGGAAACUGAGAUAAACACUCAUGUUUGGAGGGCAAACCACCAAUUUGCAUAGAUUUAGGCAGGAAAGAGCCCUUUUGGCUCUCUUCCUCUUUGGCUUGCUUCCAAAGGCUCUUGAAGAGCUUCUCUCAUGUAGACCCCUAGGUUAGGGUAGACUUUUGAACCCACCCUCUGGUUGGCUUUGGGGGAAAGAAGACAGGAGUCUGAAACACCCCUCCCAUGCACUUCACAGUUAUACCAAAGACCUGGUGUGAGCAUUUGGAGCAAAUGCACUGAAAACCCACUCAUCCUUGGCUAGUUCUUAGAUGAGUCCAUUACCAAGCCAGGCAGAAUUUCUCAUAAAAGGGGGCUCUGGGUUAUCCCAAGGAGUGGGUUCUCCAUAUGGGGGCUUUAGUUACUUAUCUAGUUUACACAUUAGCCCACCUCAAAUUUCACAAUUCCCCAAAAGGAGUUGAAACGUGACCCAUUGCUGUGGUGUGAAUAUGGUUGGUCCCCACCCCAACUCAUGUUGAAAUGUGAUCCCCAAGGUGGCAGCGUGGUGUCCAGUAGACAAAAUUCGUGGAUGGCAGGAAGACUACAAGGAAAUCAAAACAAUGAAAGAACCAGAGUCUGAUCAUAUUUUUCAGACAGGAAUAAUGGCAACAUCUCAUUAAAAUUGAUGCAAAAAUAGACACAAAACACACCUACUUUGAUUUAGAAGAAAAAACUAAAAACACAAAAUAGGUUGGAGAAAAAAAGACCAAGCAGGAACAUACAUGGAAAAAAAAAAGCCAGCAGUGUCCGAGUCAACAAGAAUGAUCAAUAUAAAGCAAGGGUGAUGUCUGGCUGAUGAAGAAGUCAAUACAGAUUUGGGAUAUAUUAACAGAAGUUGAUGUUCCAGUGCAACAGAGGUGUUCAUCUUGUCUUCCUCCUCCAUGGUCAGCCCAGCCUUAAAGUCGGACCUAGUAUGAGAGAAACUGCCAAACUGGCUCAAUAGUACAUUCCAUGAUAGGGACAAAAUCAGAACGAAAUAAAGAAAUAAAUUCUGAAAUUUGGAACCUUUCCACCUGCAAUAGGUUAACAGUCCUACCCUCAGAGGUCUCUAAGAAUAAACUGAGUGACCAAGGCCAGGCCUGGUGGCUUACACCUGUAAUACCAGCACUUUGGGAGGCUGAGGUAGGAGGAUCACUUGAGUCCAGGAGUUCAAGACCAACCUGGGCAACAUAGUGAGACCACAUUUCUACAAAAAAAAAAAAAAAAUUAGCCAUACAUGGUGGCAAGUGCCUGCAGUCCUAGCUACUUGGGAGGCUGAGGCAGGAGGAUCACUGGAACCCAGAAGAUCAAGGCUGCAGUGAACGAUGAUCACAGCAUUUCACUCCAGCCUGGGCAACAGAAUGAGACCUUGUCUUAAAUAAAUAAAUAAGUGACUAUAUUGAACAAAAUAUAUUACAGGAGAAAUUCCUAGAGAAAUUGGAUAUGAGAGAUGCUGUGCACUUCCAGGGUGCUAUGAUUCUCCACUCUUUCUGUGAACCUUAAUGCUAUGGACAAGUAACAGAGUGUCCUACUAAUGCCUUUCAUUGUGUUAAGGCAGGUUUAAUUGCUUGUCAAAGCAGUUGGUUUACCGGAUGUCAAGCCUCCCUGGGGAGGCAAGGCUUGUGCCAAGUUCUUUGCCAUCCAGAUGGUCAGGGCAUGGAGUAUUCCCUGGAGGGACCUAUGCUACCCAUCCCAGAAAGCUGCUGGACCUUGGCAUGUGAGAAAACCUGGGCCCCUCCAGAUUUAUAUGGUGAGGGAGUGGGAGCUGCCCCACCUGCUGCUUUGGCUGCCCGAAGUCCCAUCCCACACAGGUUCGAUAGCUCCCUAGGAAUAGACUGUGGCGUGGGCCCCAAAAGUUGUCUGGUAGAGACACUCAUAUUGGGCACAGUCUAUGCCAGCCCACCCAGGCCUCACAACACUUCUCUGGCUCUGGUGUUUGCCGUAUCCUGUCUGCUAGAUUGUGAGGUUCCCUAGGAUAAAUAUAGAUUAAAAGCCGACUUCCUCUGGGAAGCUUUCCAAAAUUAGGCCCUCCCCCACAACCCCAGACGUGAGCUUCUAGCUCCAAAAUCCACAGUAUGGAUUUUGACUUCUCUUCUAGUGGAAACCACUUUCUAAGUUGAAUUAUAACUGUUUACACAUGAAUCUUAUCUCUUGCUCUCUUACUUGUUCAUUCCAUUCUCAUUUUAAUUUUUUGUCCCCAGCACCUUUGUGUUGUCAAUUUUUAAAUCCAUUUGUUCAAUAAUUUACUCAUUCAUUCAAAAAAUAUUAAUUGAGCACAUAUUCAGUCUCUAUUCUCAUUGAACUGUCUCACAGUCCAAUGGGUGAGGUAGAUUGUAAUCAAGUUGUGCUGUAUAAUAGGGAGGGAGGGAGAUGACAUGCUGAGAGUACAGAAUAUUGAGCUAUGACCCAAGCAGGUUAGGGAAGACUCCCCUGGGCAGAGGAGAAGAGUGAGUAGGAAACAACUGGGCAAGAAGUGGGGAGGAGUGUGUUCCAGGAAAAAAGGAAUAGCACGUGCAAAGAUCCUGCAGUAGGAGAAGCCAUGGUAUCUGCUGGAACACGAAAGAGCAGUAGUGUGGCCAGGGCAGGGAGGAGCAAGGGGAAAGAUAGGGCUGGAGAGGAAGGAAAGGAUGAGUGAUCAAUUGGAUGACUAAUUAAAUUCAUGAUUCGAUGAAUCAAUGAGUGAAUGAGAAUAUUCCCUGCCUCUUCACUGGGAAUUAUGUAGGAGCGUUGGUUUGAAAGCCAAGAGAGUGGAGCUCCCGUCACCUUUCUACCACUAGCUCCUCUAUGGUAUGGGAUUAAUCGGCCGCCUUUCUGAGCCUCAGCAUGUUCCUCUGUCAUGAUGAUAGAGGAGGGUAUGGUCAUUGCUGUGAUGUUUUCUGUUACUGUUUACUGUGGAUGCUGCUUGUAAGGUUUACUACAGG